AUUUCUGUUCCCUUUAAUGGGGUUUUAUUGAUUCUUCUGUAACUGAAUCUUUUAUCCAAAAUGUUCCAAGUUUGAUGGAGAAGGAAAGUUUUUAAGGUUAACUCAUAAAGUUAGUAACUUUUUUGUUGUAGUUAUCUGAAAAUUAGAUUAAUUUUGGAAAAAAGAUUUUAUUUUUCUGUUUAUUUAUGAGGAGGUAUAAAUUGGAAAGCUGUAAUUUUUCUUUUGGGGUUUUCUUGUUCUUCUGUGACUGAAUCUUUUAUCAAAAAUGUUCCAAGUUUGAUGGAGAAGGAAAGUUUUUAAGGUUCUUUAUGAGACAACCAAGCUGGAAAUCUCAUAAAGUUGGUAACUUUUUUGUUGUAGUUAUCUGAAAAUUAGAUUAAUUUUGAAAAAAAGAUUUUAUUUUUCUGUUUAUUUAUGAGGAGGUUGAAUUGGAAAAAGCUGUAAUUUUUCAUCUGGGGUUUAGUUGAACUGAUUUAAUUGGAAUUGGAAUUUUUAUUUCUUGAAAUUUCAAGUGCUAAAUUCAGCUAUUCUUUAGGGUCAAAUGUUAGUUGUUGUAUUCUAUUAUGACCUAUUUUUGUGGGGUUUUCAUUAGCUGUCAAUUUUCUUUCCUUUGGUUCAAGUUGAACUUGAACAUGGUUUGAAAACUUGACUCAAUUAAUUGCUAAUAAAAAGGUAGAAGACAAAAAGGUGAAGAAUUUGAAUUAUGUUGCAUAUUGUUUGUUUUAUAUAUUAGAAAACUUGUUUAUAUCUUACCUACCUGAAUAAUGACAACAUUAUAGGCCAGAUUCAAUGGAAGAAAAUCCCUCUUUCUUUGGGGUUCCAUUGCUUUAUUGUAUAAUAUAUAUUGAGAUUCAAGGUUUCUGGACCCUUGUGUACUAUUAAUAUAAUAAAUAAUUAUAAGAAUCUCUUUUCUUGAUUUUGGCUUAAGCAUAACAUGCCUGUUUUAAUGUUUGUUUGCCAUCAAUUUCAUUGUGUUCAUUUUCUUACCUUAUCUGUCUUGGUAUAGGAACAAAUCACUCAUUUAGUUUUUCAUUGAGGUUCCAGAAUCUUGAUACAUCUGUCUGACUCUGUGUCCGGUGCCUGCAUUGGAUAAGUUCCUGGAUAUAGGAAGAUAUGGCCAUGACAUUUACCCCCUUGUCAUGGUUGCUUUGGAGUGGAAAACAUCAAGAACCCAAAAUCUCUAAUGGUUCCUCUUUAAAUUCAUCACCUGAUUCGUUAUUGUGGGAAUCGGAUACUUUGAAGUUUCCUCUUGAUCGCAGGAGGGACAUCGCUUCCUCAUCAAGAAGGGUUAAGCGAAAAUGGCAGAGUCGUGAGGAACGAAAGAUUGACAGGGAAUAUGAUAUUGUUAUUGUGCCAUCAGAUGGUGGAUGUGUUUCAGGGUCUGAGUCUGAGGAUUCAGAUUGGUCAGUUGGAUGGCUGGAGCCUCAUGGACCUGGAUUCAAUAGUGAUGAUGAUUUAGAUGAUAGCUUUGCUGUGCUUGUUCCCUGCUAUGGCUAUGGUUGUGCAAAUGUGGAAGAAAAUGCACAAGAUAAGUUUCUGCAAGCCAUCGCAAACUUGAAGGACAUAUAUGCUACUGAGAAUAAGAAGUAUAUGGAGCACUGGGUCUCAUCUCUGAGGAAUCACUGAAAUCCAGCAGCGCCUAUGGUGCUGAUCAAAACUUGUUUUCUGCUGCUUAUCAUGAUUCUAUGUUGCAGUGGAUCAAACUUGAGCUGUUAUGGUUACUCACUACAAACUUAGAUAUGAACUCUAUAGAAAUAUAAAGAUAUGAUAUCCUAAAACAAACAAAAAAAUGUCUGGAAAUAAUGUAUAUUUGUAGAAAGAGGAGUGAGUUUGAAGGACGCUAAUAUUUGAGGAGAAGAAAUAGCAGACGAUAUAGGCAUCUGCUGCUUCCUAUCCACUCUCAAAAAGAAAAGAAAAAAAGAAAAAACAAGAAAAAGGAACCUCCCUUUCAUAUUUCGUGGAUAUUCUGGUAUUUGAUCUCCAGAAUUGUCUCCGAAGAUGUGACCUCUGCUUGCAAUGCUUCUUCAUGAACAUUGGUGUAAGUUUUCGAUGUAAAGUGACUGGAAGGAGACAGAAAGAAAUGGAUGAUGGAGGACACAAAAUUCUUAAGAAGAGGGAAAGGCACAGCUGUGUGUUAUGCUUGAUCAUUCUUUGAUGUAAAUAUCUGUGAAUAUGUAAAUAUGUUCAUCUAGUUGUAAAUACGUCGCGUGAAGUUUGAUAAUCUUCAUAAGUACUGUAAAUAAUUGUAAAACUCAGACAGCAUUAGUUGCAAUAAUAUGCCUCUGCUGUUUAUUGGUGA